AUGCCUCCAUCAAGGCGCCGAGCUCGACAGGUACGGAUCCAUACAGGUUGCGCCAUCCAACCAGCCACGGCUAACAAAGUCCAGGUGGACGAGGACGAAACCGAGGGGAACAGCACGCACCUCCAACGGGACAACGGCACUGGCUCUGCAGCAGAGGCGGAAACUGGAGAUGAAGCGAGCGAAAACGAGGACCCGAGUCGCGCCGGAGACGAGCAGCUAGCGAAGAAGCUGGUCCGCUAUGCCCUAUCCUGCGAGUUCUCGCGCACACCCAUACGGCGUGAUGGAAUCAAAGAACGAGUCCUUGGAAACCAGGGCAGAGCUUUCAGGAAAAUAUUCGCCUUGGCGCAGAAACAAUUGCGAACUAUCUGGGGAAUGGAGCUUAGGGAGCUGCCUGUUCGCGAAAAAAUGACGCUGCAAGAGAAGCGUCAUGCCAUGAGGUCGAAUGCCCAGCCCAAGACCGGUUCUGGCGCCUACAUUCUCACCUCGGUCCUGCCCGCUGCGUACCGCUCCGCCGCCAUCGUACCGCCAUCCAGAAUCCCGACCGUCGAAGACGAAGCCAUAUACCUUGCCUUUUACACCAUGGUGGUAUCGCUGAUAUGGCUAAGCGCCAAUGAGCUCAGCGACCCAAAGCUGAAGCGACAUCUCCAGCGACUCAACGCCGACAAGAACGUCGCCAGCGAAAAGACGGAACUGACCCUCAAGCGCAUGGAGCGACAGGGCUACGUGGUACGCAAUGUAAACCGGCCACCAGUAGGGCAUGAAGGUGAUGAGAUAGUGACGUGGCACGUAGGGCCUCGCGGACGAGAGGAGAUUGGCCUAGAUGGCGUGAUGGGAUUUGUGCGAGAAGUAUACGGAGGGCCAAGCGAUGACCUUGAGAAGAAGCUGCGGUCCAGUCUGGGAAUCAAGCAAGUCCAAGAAGCCGGGGCUGAAGAUGCUGACGGAGAUACUGUCAUGUAA